AAACGGUAGUUCUCUUAUACCAGUCGUGUAACGGUUUUAUAACCAAGGAGAUUAAGAAAGGAGAGAGUCGCAAAUUGAUCAAAACAAAGCGCAUAUGCAACAGUAAAUUUGCAGUAAAACGGAUACAACAUGUUCGAAUUAGAGGAUUAUUCAAGCAGUAUUCACGAGGGCUUCUUCAGUAAAUAUGCAGAUGCGACGGGACCUUCGCUGGACUUUUAUGUGUCCGACUCCAUGCAGGAUAUGCUGGAUGUGGACAUUCGGGCGGAGAUAGCCAAUGUGGUCGGCAGCUCUAGUGAUUUGACGUCCUCGCUCGACCAUGCUCUGGAGGCUAUUUCUGCCAUAAACAACAACAACAACAAUAGCAGCAGCAGUGCAUUUUCAACGCACAACGCAAAUGCGAAUCUCUUGGCUAGCAGCGCACUGCAUGCCUCGCCCACAGCCAAGUGGAUGGGAUCGUGCGCAAAUUUCUGGUCGACGGCGGAUUAUUAUGCGGACGUUGGAGCCUGUGUCAGUCCCAUCUCCGUGAUGCCGCUGAUUAACUCAAAUUCCGGCUCGAAUUCAUUAAUUGGCUCGGGGUCCCCGCACAAGUCGCGUGGUGGUGCGCCGACAACGCAGAGCAGAUCGGGAUCCGGAGCUGGACAGGCGCCACCCGCCUCCCCUUGUGACCAGCACAAGUCGCACUUGACCUUCUCCCCGGCGCAGAUGAAGGUCAGCGCCGGUUCGAUGCGCAGGGAGCAGGUGAUGGCCCACAUACCCAAGCAGAUUUCCACAUUGCCCAUUUCAACAUCAGUCGUAAGCAGCGGCAGUAGCGGCACAGCACCGCCAACCAUGGCCACGAAUGCCGCACUACAGCGGCGUAACUCGUCGGCAGUGGAUGCUGUACGCAAGGAUCUGGGAACGGAGCUGCGCAAGGUGCAAUCGUCUGGCCUGGAAGAGGCGAAGGGUACGCCGAAAGGCACCAGUCUACUGGCGACUGGCGGUGCCAGCACCAACACCAUUAAGCUAGGCCCCGGCAUCGGUGGCCUGACCUUUGCCAACAGCGCCACCUACAACAAGCUGAAGCAGCAGACAUCGGCGAAAUCUCCCAACGGCGCUCCAAUCACCUCCAAUGGCAACAUUGUGCUGAAGCGCGAUCGGGAGGCGAGUCCGCUGCACAAUAUAACGACGCUGCACGCGAAUGGCGUGCAGAGGCGUGGCAAUGCACCGAAGAGCAUCGCCUCGUCGGCCCAUUCGCCGCAUCACCAGGUGCAUGUGCAGAACAGCAUUGGCUCGCCAUCCUCCACUUCGUCGUCGACAACUGGACGGCCCACCACCUCCUCGCCACUGUCAUUCGCACCGCUGGGCCACUCCAGCUUCAGCAACGGUAACAGCAAUGGCAUCCACAGCAGCGUCAGCAAUAGCAACGGCAGCAACAUCGUCAAGCCGCUGCAGCAGAAGGUGAAGCCGGCAGCCAUGAGCAGCGCCUUCCCGAAGCCCGCCUACUCAUACUCCUGCCUCAUUGCGCUGGCGCUGAAGAACUCGCGUGCCGGCUCCCUGCCCGUGUCGGAGAUCUACAGUUUCCUGUGCCAGCAUUUUCCCUACUUUGAGAAUGCGCCCAGUGGCUGGAAGAACAGCGUGCGCCACAACUUGUCGCUGAACAAGUGCUUUGAGAAGAUUGAGCGGCCGGCCACGAAUGGCAAUCAGCGAAAGGGUUGCCGUUGGGCCAUGAAUCCGGAGCGGAUCUGCAAGAUGGACGAGGAGGUGCAGAAGUGGUCGCGCAAGGAUCCAGGAGCAAUACGCGGCGCGAUGGUCUAUCCCGAGCAUUUAGAGGCACUUGAGCGAGGCGAAAUGAAGCACGGAUCGGCUGAUUCAGAUGUGGAGCUGGAUUCGCAGUCUGAAAUCGAGGAGUCCUCUGAUUUGGAGGAGCAUGACUUCGAUGAUACCAUGAUCGAUGCGAUGCUUGUCGAAGAGGAGGACAACGAUAACGUUGACUGGGAAAACAGCGAGGAUGAAGAGGAGCAUGUGCUUCAUGAGUAUGAUCCAAACAAUCAAGCAGCCAAUCACCCGCCACCUGACCAUCAGCUGAUCGUUUCGCAGAAGAACGGAGAAUUCGAUAUUGUGGUUGACGAACUGUACGAAGACAUCGACAUCGAUACUGGGAAGCGGACUGUGCGCCACGGCAUAGUCAAUGGGCAGACAGCUAACAUAAUUGAGCUCAAUCCGGCCGAUCUAAAUGCUAACGAUGGCUAUCAGUCACCGAAACGUGCUCGCCUCGACAUCAACUACACCAUCGGUCCGGCCGGUGAGCUGGAACAGCAGUAUGGCCAGAAAGUUAAAGUGCAGCAGGUGCAUCAAGUCCUGCACCAGCAGCAGCAGCCGCCCACGUACAAUCGUCGGAAAAUGCCGUUGGUUAAUCGCAUUAUUUAAGCAGUCAUUUUAUAUUCAUGCAUAUAUAUAUGUUUAGAUAUA